UUCACCUGGGAGAAACCAGGAAGACGGUGGCAGAGGAAGGAGGAAGCAAAGCUGGAGCCCAGAGAUCAGAGCAGGACUGACUUUUUUUAAACUCUGACCCAGUGUUUCUUGUCUGUGGACUCUUAUGGACAACUUCAGGACUUUUUGUGGAUACUUUGUUUCCCUCCACCUUUUAGGAGUGAGAAGGUCUGAGGAGUGAGGCUGUCAGAGGAAAGGGAGGAGCGACAGGAUCCUCCAUGUAAGGACUGCAGCUCCCUUCAUAUGUUUUGUUUUUCAGCUGAUUGGAAAAACAAACAAACAAAAGGAAGAUGCCCACCAACUUCACUGUGGUGCCAGUGGAGGAUGUAGGCGACGAAGAAGCUGAGGCUGAAGGAAGCAAACCUGUGAGUCUUGAAAAGAUCUUCAGGGAGGAAAAUGAUGCAGACACUUCUCAAGGACCUGACUCAGGAGAUGAAACUCACAGGGAGUCGAGUCCAUUCAUCAUCUCAGACGGAAACACAGAGACCUAUUAUGAUGGGAAAAACAUGGCUCUGUUCGAGGAGGAAAUGGACAGCACCCCCAUGGUGUCAUCGUUCCUCAACAAGCUGUCAAACUACACCAACCUGUUCCCGGGGGCGUGUGAGCACGAAGAGGGAGAGGAUGACUACAGGAGGUUCACAUCCACGGUACCUCAGAUGGGCACAUUCAUCGGGGUUUACCUGCCCUGCAUGCAGAAUAUUCUGGGCGUGAUUCUCUUUCUGCGUCUCACCUGGAUCGUUGGUACAGCCGGGAUCUUAGGAUCUUUCGCCAUCGUCUUCAUGUGCUGCAUCUGUACUUUGCUCACAGCCAUUUCGAUGAGUGCGAUCGCAACCAACGGCGUUGUCCCAGCCGGAGGCUCGUACUACAUGAUCUCCAGAUCUUUGGGUCCAGAGUUCGGAGGAGCGGUGGGUCUCUGUUUCUACCUGGGAACCACCUUCGCCGGGUCGCUGUACAUCCUGGGAACCAUAGAGAUCCUGCUGAUCUACAUCGUCCCGACAGCCACGGUGUUUAAGGGCAGCGACGGGGACGCAUGGUCCAACAACAUGCGCGUGUAUGGGACGUGCUGCCUCCUCCUGAUGGCCCUGGUUGUGUUUGUAGGGGUUAAGUAUGUGAACAAGCUGGCUCUUGUGUUUUUGUCUUGCGUGAUUCUUUCCAUCAUGGCCACUUAUGCAGGAGUCAUCAAGACCCUCAUUGAGCCGCCAGAGUUUAGCGUUUGCCUGUUGGGGAAUCGCUCCCUGAAGAAUGAGAACUUUGAAAUAUGCGCAAAAACGGAGGACGUCCAAAACGUGACAGUCACCACUCAGCUCUGGAGCCACUUCUGCGACAGCCAGUAUCCCAACGCAACAUGUGACGAGUACUUCAACUUGAACAACUUAACGGAAAUACGAGCCAUACCUGGACUCCUCAGUGGCGUUAUCAAAGACAACUUGUGGGGUGAUUACGGUCCAGCAGGCAUGGUGAUAGAGAAGAAGAGCCAGCCUUCAGUCUCACCCGAGGAGCCGGCUCAAGAAACCGAUGACAUUUAUGUCCUCAAUGACAUUGCCACCUACUUUACGCUGCUGGUGGGGAUCUACUUCCCCUCUGUCACAGGAAUAAUGGCUGGAUCCAACAGAUCUGGGGAUCUCAGGGACGCACAGAGGUCCAUCCCAGUCGGAACCAUCCUGGCAAUCCUCACCACCUCUUUCAUCUACAUCUCCUGUGUCGUCUUGUUUGGAGCCUGUAUUGAAGGAGUGGUGCUGAGAGACAAAUUUGGCUUCUCGGUAAAGAAGAAUCCAGUCCUCGGUAUUCUGGCCUGGCCGUCUCCGUGGGUGAUCGUGAUCGGCUCGUUUUUCUCCUGCUGUGGGGCCGGACUCCAGAGCCUCACCGGCGCCCCCCGGCUGCUGCAGGCCAUCGCUCGGGACGGCAUCGUCCCCUUCUUACAGGUCUUUGGUCACGGGAAGGCGAACGGUGAACCCACCUGGGCUCUUCUGCUGACAGUGGGGAUCUGCGAGAUCGGAAUCCUGAUUGCGUCUCUGGACGAUGUGGCCCCCAUCCUCUCCAUGUUUUUCCUCAUGUGCUACCUGUUCGUCAACCUGGCCUGUGCUGUCCAGACUCUGCUGCGCGCUCCAAACUGGAGGCCUCGCUUCAAGUUUUAUCACUGGACGCUGUCCUUCUUGGGGAUGAGUCUGUGUCUCUCCCUCAUGUUCAUCUGCUCCUGGUACUACGCCCUGGUCGCCAUUGUGAUUGCUGGUUGUAUCUAUAAGUACAUUGAAUAUAGAGGGGCAGUGAAGGAAUGGGGAGAUGGGAUCAGAGGUCUGUCCCUGAAUGCAGCGCGUUAUGCUCUCAUCCAUCUGGAGGAAACUCCGCUGCACACCAAAAACUGGAGGCCUCAGCUGUUGGUGUUGUGUAAACUGGACCCGGAGCUCAACGUGAAACACCCCCGUCUCUUGUCCUUCACCUCGCAGCUCAAAGCGGGGAAGGGGCUGACCAUCGUCUGCUCGGUCCUGGAAGGGACCUUCAUGACCCGCGAGGAGGACGCCAAAACCGCAGAGCAGAAUCUGAAAGCCGCCAUGGUAGCAGAGCGGACCAAAGGUUUUUCCCACGUUGUGGUGUCGUCUAAUUUACGAGACGGCUUCUCCAUAUUAAUCCAGUCAGCGGGACUGGGAGGAAUGAAACACAACACUGUCCUGAUGGCUUGGCCAGCCGGCUGGAAACAGGCCCGGGACUCCACCGCGAGGAGGAACUUUAUAGAGACGGUGAGAGAGACGACGGCUGCUCAUCAGGCUCUUCUGGUCGCCAAGAACAUCGAUCAUUUCCCCGGUAACCAGGAGCGGCUGAAGGACGGGACUAUUGACGUGUGGUGGAUCGUGCACGACGGCGGCCUCCUCAUGUUGUUGCCUUUUUUAAUCAGCCUGCACAAGGUGUGGAAGAAGUGCACGAUGCGAAUCUUCACAGUGGCCCAGAUGGACGACAACUCCAUCCAGAUGAAGAAAGACUUGCAGAUGUUUAUCUACAAUCUGCGACUGGAUGCAGUGGUGGAGGUGGUGGAGAUGCACGACAGCGACAUCUCAGCCUUCACCUAUGAGAAAACUCUGAUGAUGGAGCAGAGAACGGAAAUGCUGAAGCAGAUGCAGCUGUCACGCACUGAGAGGGAGAGAGAGAUUCAGAGCAUCACAGAUGUGUCACGUGGCUCCAUUAAGAGGAAGAAGUGUUCAGGCGUCGACGCCCCGCCCCUCAACACUCAGUCCAUUCCCGAGGACGAGGCCCAGCUGAUCCACGACCGGAACACGGCGUCUCACGCUUUGGUGAGCGACAAAGCGACUGGAGCGCCACCAGACCGGGUCCACAUGACCUGGACCAAAGAAAAACUGUUCCAGGAGAAGAACAAACAGAGAGAAAGCAUCGGAAACGUCAAGGACAUGUUUAAUAUGAAACCAGAAUAUGAAACCCUCAACCAGUCCAACGUACGGCGGAUGCACACAGCAGUGAAGCUGAACGAGGUGCUGGUCAAGAAGUCCCACAAUGCACAGCUGGUUUUGCUCAACAUGCCAGGCCCACCAAAGAACAAGAAAGGCGAUGAGAACUAUAUGGAGUUCCUGGAGGUUUUAAUGGAAGGUCUUGACCGUGUCCUGUUGGUUCGUGGCGGAGGUCGGGAGGUCAUCACUAUCUACUCCUAACACCAACAGGGUUCAGGUUAUUUGGUAGGGGCGCCCGGUGGAUGUACGGUUCGACCGCGGGAACCAGGAGGGCGAGGCUGGGGGGAAGUCUUCGUCUGGUGCGAGAGCCUUGUUCCACAAUGUGGCGAGGAAAGACACUGGAGCGCCACUUGACGUUUUGGACAACCGCGGUUUCUAUGAAGAAGAGAGGCUUGUUCCUACGGGGUGGCCGGAGCACAAUGCACUGCGUGGCGAGUGCAGAGCGCUCACACCCCGCCCCGCUGCGGUUCCUCCGCUCUGCCGCAUGUCGACAUGGCCGCGCUGCAGAAAUGCUUCUUCGUCACUGUUUUUGGACACCUGCUGGAGGAGAGUCCUCACUAAUGGCUCGUUUCUGCCGAGAUGAUCACCAGUUUCACUGGAAAAUGAAAAUCUAUUUUUUAUGCCAGUGUUGGUAAUGUAAAUUUCAUCAAAACUGAUCAAAAUUCUGACUUUAAAAUGAGUGUGGAAGAUGUAUGUGCUUUUAAAUUUAGACAUUUUUCUGAGUAACAGUGAGUUAAAACUAACGUAUUGAUUACUAUCAACCAAUUCCCUAUAAUCAGUAGCUUAGCUGCUUGUCUAAUUUGCGUAUAACUGAAAAUAUUGAAGUGCCAAAUGUGAUCUGGACAGGAUAGAGUGAAAAUGCACCAAAUUAUCGGUGACUGUUGUAGUUUUUCAGUGUCGUUUUGAAUUAUAACUGUGUUUGACUGAGUCGUUGUCCGGAGUUCAGAUCAUUCCUCCAUGUAGCGUUUGUUUUAGUAUAUCAGGGUGAAGUAUAUUUCCAGAAGUCAUUGUUGUAGAUUGUGCAGCACCUGUAGAUUUAUCUAUAAUAUGUACUGUUUUAUUUUCUGUAAGAAGAUUGCAAAUUAAAAUGUUUCGUACUUUG